AUGCUGUCUCUGCUCUCUCUCCUCUGCCUGUUCUUGGUCUGGACAAAAGGAGCAGGAGCAGUGGACUCCAACCUGCCCUUCAUGGACUACCUGGACCAGAACCAUUUGGUCUGCCUGAAGUGGGGCUUUGAUAACCACCAAGGAAACAUAACGUUUAAGUUGAUAGUCAACACAACAGGCUGGGUGAGCUUUGGCUUUAGUCCCAACGGAGGCAUGAAGGGGUCAGAUAUCGUCAUCGGGGGAGUUGGAUCAAGUGGAACCUACUUCUCAGAUCGUCACGCCACAGGGAACACCAUGCCCGUGGUGGACGAUCAGCAGAGCUACACUCUCCUCUCUCUGAACGAAAGUGACGGUCAGACCAUCAUGACUGUUCAGAGGCCCAUCCAGUUGUGUGAUGACCAAGACUUCUACAUACCUACUCAAUCCGUUAAAGUGAUCUAUGCCUACGGAAACACAGAUGACAUCGUUUACCACGGGGCCCUAAGAGGCACCAAGGAAAUCAACCUGCUGAACUUUAACCCCAAGACGACUAUAACCAGCCCCAACUACAUCAGUGCCAGAGUGGAGAAUAUCGCUAUCCCUCCUAUUCAUACUUACUACCACUGCAAGCUCAUGAAGUUUCCAACCCUAACUGCAAAAAAGCAUAUAUUUCAGAUUGAACCAGUGAUUGAAAACGUUGACCUUGUGCAUCACAUGCUGCUGUACAGCUGCCCCUCCUAUGUGACGGAGUUGUAUGACAGGCCAUGCUACAUGGGCGACAUAGGAGAUGUAUGCUUUGGAGUGGUGGCUGCGUGGGGAAUGGGAGGAGGGGUCUUUGAGUUUCCAAAAGAUACAGGUAUUCCUAUUGGGGAGGACAAUGAAAAAAUCUUUCGGCUGGAAAUCCACUACAAUAAUCCCGGCACUGAAGCAGGUAGGACAGACAGCUCAGGACUGAAACUGCACUAUACAGCCCCCCGGAAAUAUGAUGUGGCCACCUUGCAAACAGGUUUGAUGAUAAUUCCACAUAUGGCCUACAACAUACCUCCAAAAGCCGCUCAAUUCCACUCCUACGGCGUGUGCAACACAAGUCUCUUUUCUCAGCUUAUGAAUCCUGUGCCUGACCUUCAUGUGUUUGCUGUGAUGCUGCACACUCACACAGCUGGAAGAAAAGUCAGAGUUGUUCUGUACAGAGGAGGAAAGCUGAUCGAACACCUGGCCGCAGAUGCGGACUAUGACUUUCAGAGACAGGAGAGCAUAAGUUUGGGAACCAUCAAAACCAUCAAGCUGGGGGAUGAGAUUGCAGUGGAGUGCACCUACAAUACAACCAACCGCACUGAAGUAACCAGGAUGGGGUUAGCAACCACUGACGAAAUGUGCCUGGCCUUCUUACUCUACUACCCUGCAAUCAAGAUUACCUUAUGUGAAAGCCACCCAAAUACAAGAGUGUCCAUGGGGAGCACAACUUCAGAGCAGGAAGACAUUGCUGCUCAGGAGACAUUCCUAAAGAGUAUUAAGCAAAUGCAGUUUGUUUCGGAUGACAAUUACAACUUUGGUCAUUACGAGCAUGGCUUUGUCAGAGAGAUGACGAAGACGCCAAAAGUCACUUGUCAGAGUGGCAACACGGCAAGCAGACUGAGAACUUCCUUCAUUGUGAACCCAGCAGGAGUCGUGCUUUUGCUGCUCUGGAUUGUAAUGAUGUGA